ACGGAGCAAGCGUUUGUGUUUGCCUGGAGCGCAGGUGUGCGGAACCAGCUCAGCCAUGACAUUCCUUCGCAGGUUGCAAUGGAACGACUCCUCCGUUCUAAUCCAUCCUCCAGGGUUCUACAUCAUCGGCUUCACCUCCCUGCCCUUUGCCAACCUCUACUUCAUCUUCCUCGCUUUCGUUUACGUGGUGUCGGUCGUGUUCAACACAUGUGUGAUCUAUAUAAUAUCCGUGGACCUUCGCCUCCACAAUCCCAAGUAUAUCGCGGUUGGUAACCUUGCGGUGGUUGAUCUGGUGCUGAAUACUUGCAUUAUUCCCGCUAUGCUAAAGGCGUUUCUUGCUAAAAACAAUUUUGUGCCGUUUAAUCUGUGUAUGGUACAGAUGUAUGUGUAUUAUUCCUUCAUAUGUAUGGAAUCGUUCUCCAUCGCCGUGCUCGCCUAUGACCGUAUGAUCGCCAUAUGUUUCCCUCUGAGGCACGGCUCCAUCAACACCAUGACGAGUAUGUCGUGUAUUCUUGGUGUCAUCUGGUGCUUCUGUCUUGGUAUACCGAUAUUCAGCACAGCCAUUAUGACCAGGCUGUCCUACUGCGAUUCCGUUAACGUCUACAGCUAUUUCUGUGAUUACGCACCAGUGUUUCGGCUGGCAUGUAACGACAACACCCUGCAAUGGGCUGUGGCUUCAGUUCUGAGCCUGGCUAUCCUCCUCGGCCCACUGUCCUUCAUCAUUCUGUCAUACAUGAGUAUUCUAAUCGCUGUGUUCAGGAUGAAAAGCGUUGAGAGUCGUGUGAAAGCGCUGGCCACCUGCACUGAGCACCUCAUUCUAGUGGCAGUAUUCUUCUUUCCGUUUCUGAUUAUUUUCAUGGUUGGGUUAUUAGCGCGCAUCAAACCAGACCCUGACCUGCGCGUACUGAGCCUGUCGCUGGCCUCGUGCAUCCCGCCCUGUCUCAACCCCAUCGUCUACUCUCUGAAAACUAAAGAGAUCAAGAGCAAAGUGCUCACCAUGUUCAGGAGAAUUAAAGUUCAAGUAGUUAACGAUUGAUCUUUACGCAUAGGUUGCUACAUACAGUAGGUUGCUACGUGCGUGAAGUCACCAUCAAAUCAAAUGUAUUGGGCUGUCCAUAUCAAGGGGUUGAAAUGGGGGGGACAUGCACUUGGCGUGUCAUUGCUUAAAUUUGAGUUUAUAAUGAGUGAGCAACGUUUUUAAUCUAUCUUCCAGUUUAUUCUCAACAUUUUCAUUGAUUGUCAUGAUUGUGUCAUGGUUGUCCAUCUGAUGAAGAAGGCCCAUCCACACGCACUCCCCCUUGUUAAACACAGAGGUAUCACAGAAAUGAGUGUCAAUGAUUUGCAUUUCCUUUUCAGCUUUCCUACACAUUCUGAAAUAACAACACAUUUGCUCAUCCUAAUCCUAUGUCAUCAACCAAAUGUAAUCCCUUGAAAUGGGCAUGGUAGGCUCUAUAACCGACUGAAUAUU